CAGCAGCGUGAACGCAGACGGGUUACAAUGUCACUGGAGAGAUGUCAAAGUGAAUGGACUGAAAUAGACCAAGAACAUCAACAAUUACAGGAAACUCACAAAGUCUACAGACAGAAGCUGGAUGAGCUGAGCAACCUGCAGGCGAUAUGCAGCAGUGCCAUUAGCAAACAGAGAAAAAGACUGAAAGACCUCAAGAAAAGUCUUCAUAAGUGUGCAAAAACAUGCAAUGGGAAGGAAUUAGAAGUGGUAAAUGACCUACAGGUCCAAAUUAAAGAAAGGCAAAAUGUAUUUUUUGACAAGGAAGCCUAUUUGCCUAAGAAGAAUGGAUUGUACUUAAAUUUGGUCCUUGGAAAUGUGAAUGUUACACUCCUCAGCAACCAAGCAAAAUUUGCCUACAAAGAUGAAUAUGAGAAGUUCAAACUUUAUAUGACCAUAAUACUUAUGUUUGGUGCCAUUACCUGUCUCUUCCUUCUCAACUACCGGGUUACAGAUGAAAUCUUCAAUUUUGUAUUGGUGUGGUAUUAUUGCACUUUGACGAUAAGAGAGAGUGUGCUCAUGAGCAAUGGCUCCCGAAUUAAAGGCUGGUGGGUUUCACAUCACUAUGUCUCAACCUUUUUAUCAGGUGUUAUGUUAACAUGGCCAGAAGGUCCAAUGUAUCAGAUGUUCAGAAGUCAGUUCCUGGCCUUCUCCAUCUAUCAGAGUUGUGUGCAGUUUCUUCAGUAUUAUUAUCAGAGCGGCUGCUUGUAUCGGUUACGAGCUCUGGGCGAAAGAAACCAGCUGGACCUGACAGUGGAGGGAUUUCAGUCGUGGAUGUGGAGGGGGCUCACAUUCCUCCUUCCAUUUCUAUUCUUUGGCCAUUUUUGGCAGCUGUAUAAUGCUGUGACACUUUUUAAGUUGUCUGCCCUUGAUGACUGCAAGGAAUGGCAGGUGUUCAUGUUGGCCUUGACUUUUCUCGUCUUGUUCCUGGGUAAUUUUCUCACCACUGUGAAAGUGGUCCACCAAAAACUCCAGAAGAACAAAGGGAAGAUCAAAAAGAACUGAUGAGAAGCUGGAAUAGUUCAUACCCAAUGAGGCCAGUGUGGAACUCGCAGAACUGAACUACAAAGCGCACAAAACUGUUUCGUCUAUUGAGUCGUGUUCCAUGAAAACAAGCUGUUUGGAGAGAGUCUGAGGAAGAUGUUGACAUCUCUCAAACUCAUUUUGACAGCAACAGUAGAAACUCGAGAUUAUGCGUCAUGUUGCCCUUUUGUCUGCCAUGUUUUUGCUCUUAUUUUAUGCAAUCAGAGCUAGGGUAAUGUUUGGGGUAGGUACCACUGAAAACCUUAAACAUUUUUAAACGCUGUAUACUUAAGUGAGAACACUUAUUUUGUUCUUUUGCAUGGAUCUGUUUACAAAAGCCACGUGCUGCUGAAAUGCAGAUGCUCGGUUCAGUGCGUUCUCAAAGGGAUUUCUGCUUUAUGUUUUAAAAAAAAGAAGCUGGAUGGUGUUACAGUAUAACUGAAUAAAUACUUGCGCUCCCACAAGGCUUUUAAACUAAAUCAUGGUGUAUGAUCAUGUAUUUUUUUUUUUUUUGUGAGUGUUUUAAUAAGGGAAAUUGAGUGUAUUGUGAGUAUUUUAAUAAGGGAAAGUGAGUGUAUUGUGAGUGUUUUAAUAAGGUGUUUUUGCACGUUAAGGCUUGUCAGUACAGUAAUUGAACAAGGCCAAAUCCUUAAAUCAAGGUCACAUGACAUAUCCUGACACCUUAAAAAUGUGGUUUUGUUUAUAUAUAAUUAAUGAGAAUGAUGGCAAUAAAGCUGCAUUAACACUUUAAAGUACAUUUUCUUGCCUUUAAUUUACACCUGUUUGGUAGUUGUUUUUAAAGGCCUAGACAUGUAAAUUACAUAAACCGGUGGAAAUGCUAAACAAUAUUUUGCAUAAUGUACUGUUAUCAGUCAACUGUGAGUGAAUGCUGUUAGAAUUACAUCUACUGUAACAGAACUGUUUCAAGAGUGUAUGUUUUUGCUGGCAAAUGUAAUUUGACUGACCAUGUAAAAUGUCAAAGGAACAAUUUGCCCGAUAAUGCAACAUUUAUUAAUGGGUAUUUCACCCAAAAACUGUUGCUUUUCCAUGAAACACAAAAGUUGUUGGUCUCAGCCAUCAUUCACUUUCCUUGCAUAAUUUUUCCAAACAAUUAAAGUGAAUGGUGACUGAGACUAACAUUCCGUUUAAGGAAAGUCAUACUAGUUUGGAACAACAUCAAUGAUGACAGAAUUUUUGCAACUGGUAACUGGAUAUUUGUUUGCCUUAAUGCUGUUCUUUGCCUAUUUACAUCUGGUUCAGUUUAGUCCAAAAUCCAAGUGUGUUGUACUAUUUGGAAUUGCAUAUGCUCCAUAAUUUGUAAUUGAAGGGGAAAGCUGUACAAGUGAUUUCUCAGUUGGGAAAUGCACCGUUGAUCUCUGUUUAAAUCUUCAUAAUUCAUCUGUAACAAUUGUCACUAUCCACAAAAUAUUGUAUUUUUCUGAUAUGUGAUAUCUUUAUUCGCAUUGGAGGGGGAACUGACUGCACUUUUUGCUUGAACAUAAAAUAAGCCCUCAAACUGCAGGAAAGAACGUUUCCAGGGGGCUAAUUAGAUGUCAAGCUUAAUUUCCAUUCUGCCAUCUAUUGCUAUAUAAGGCAAAUAAAAUCAAUCUGAUGCAAUCUCUGUGGCCUCAUGUGAAAAUCAGACAAGUUUUACACGUUCACCG